CCCUCACCCGCGCACGCCCCGCUCUCACAGCUGCAACUGACUGUCCGCCACAGCGCGUGUGCGCCAGAGAAAGAGAGACAGAGCAGAGGGAAGGAGAGAGGAGAGGAGAGGCGAAAGGGGAGACCGAGAGAGAAGAAAGAGAGCGAGCGUUCGAGAAACGAAAGAAAAAGAGGAGAGCGAGACAAAAGAGAUGAAAUUCCUCGGCGCUGUUUACGUCCUCCUUCUGCUCCCUGCGUUAAGCUUCAACAGCAGCUAUGAAGUGCUGGAAAAGAAGCUGAAGGAGGUGUUCACAGAGAGGACGGGGAUUUUGCGACAACUCUCAAAAACAUCAAAGGAGCUGGACAGCAUAAAGGGCAACCUGCAGUCACUGAAGAAUGAUGACUCUGUGCCCAAAAAGGACGUGCAGAGGAUUCUGGAGCUCAGUCACAAACAGAGGGAGGAGAUGAAGUCACUCCAGGCAGCUCUUCAGAAGCAACUGGACGAGGCUGCUGAAAAAGCAGAGAAACAGCAAGCCACGAUCAAGUUUCUGAAGAUGGAGAUGGAGAAAAAGACCAAAAUCAUCAAAGACUUGCAGCAGGAGAAUAAAAGCUUGAAGAACAAACUUCUCUCUGGAAACAAACUCUGUGACAUACAUGCAGAAGAGUCCAAAAAAAUCCAGGCCCAACUGAAAGAGCUGAGGUAUGGCAAAAAGGAUUUAAUUUUCAAGGGUCAGCAGCUGAUGGACCUGGAGAACAAGUUGAGAGUUGCCAAAGAGGAACUGGAGAAAGCAGCGCUGGACAAGGAGUCACAGCUGAAGGCCUUGAAGGACACCGUCCAUAUCUGCUUCUCAUCUGUCCUACAUAGCCAGACAGUCAAUUUACACAGACUGCCAGCCACGCCCACCCACCUGAUGAGAUACUCUCCCCUGGUCAACAACUCAAGAGUCACCUUCCAGCAGCCACACGCAAAGGACAUCCCAAAAGUUCCCAGAAUCACAACAAGUAAAUUGCCUGUGAACGUGGAGGUAAUGAGGAGAGAUGGUCCAGGAGUCAAGGACUGCCAGAUGGUAAAGGUUGGUGCAGAAUGUUUCCAGAAUCAGACUGAGAGAACAUCUGUUGAGAUAUCAAAGACUGGCCACAACCAGCCCAGGAGCCCAGAGAGCAGUGGACAUGGCAGCGCACGGACGCCAGCGGACAGUGGCAAGACGGAGGGAGCCCCAGAAAAAACACAAGUGGACAAACACAACUAAGAGACAAUGAGCUAGCAGAUUUUCUGCAUGGUAGAGAUGAAGUCAGAUCAGUUUAAACCCCCCCUCUCUCUCACUCACAGAGCAUAUAAGCACACACACACACACACACACACACACACACACACACACACACACCCACACAUAAAAGGAGUGUGCGCUGCAAAAAAUAGUGCUUUGAAUUGAAUUGAUUUAAAUAUAUCAAUUGGUUGUACAUGAAAUGAAUGAAAUAUAUAAAAUCACAUAAUUGUCUUUCAGUUGACUUCUUUUGGCAACACUUGUGUUUAUGUCAUACAUUUUGAUCAUACAGUACCGUGCAAAAGUCAGAGACCACCGUUUCAUUUGAUUUAUUUUCUAGUCAAAACAGCCAUUAAAGACCCAGGGAACCUAAAUCUGUGUUUUCUUUCUAAUCUAAUCUGGUUAAUCUUGCUCUUGCAGUCAAACAAUAAAAAUAUACUAAGUAUAUCCUUUAAAUAAUAUUCCAAUGACCAAUAAAUGACAUAUGGAGAUAUAUUUCACCAUAUAUCUGUCCUCUUGUAAACUGGACAGUCCUAAUCUUGGGUAAUGGUGAGGAAUGGUUACGGAAGCAAUCACAAGGCUGGUGUCAACUGCCCCGCUCACACAAAACAGUUCCAGAUUCAGAGAAGCUUAGCGAUUCCUUUAUCCAUUCACUAACAUUGUUCAUUCGUCCUUUCCUUUAUUCUGCGUUGCUUCGUCCACCCGUUUGUUUGCCUGCCCCUCCAACCAUCUGCACAUCUGUUCGUCCAUGACCUUUUUGUCCAGUUACCAUCACAUAAAAGCUGGAUAAUGAUUUAAAUUCUAUAUGAGUGGCCGAGCAUGCUAGGCGUGUUGGACAGAGAGCUGUCAAUCAAGCUGCUCAUUAGCCACGCUCGCACAGUUCUCAGCUAGGUCUGAUUAGUGUUUUUUAAGCCGUGUUUUGUCAUAGUUAUAUUGUUUAUUCAUGCUUUGCUAUUUGUUUAAUAUAACUUUAAGUAUAUUAUUCACAAUUCAGCAUCAGGAAAAAAGCUGCCAUUGUUUUGGGAGACUUGCAGUCAGUUUUUCAAAGAAAUCUGCAGGGAUAUUGUCACGACCAAGUAACCCCAAUUACAGUCUUCUCAGCAAUUACUUAUCAGCCCAUAAAAACUUACUUCACAUUUCGGAUGUCCAGUUUCCUUUUUCUCACUAAUGGCUUCUUCACAGCCACACAUCCUUUCAGAUCCAUAGCACUGAGUUGUCUUUUCACGGUGUGAAGAUGGACAGAAACACCUGUGGAUAUUUUCAGAUCUGAAGCAAGAGUGGAGCUUGAUUUUCUCCUCUCUCUCAGAGAUGAAAGCUGUAAUGACUGUUUAUCUGAUGGUGACCAUUUGAUGAUAUUCCAGGUCUUGUAUUUUUUAAUAAAUUUUUGAACAACAGGUUUUGGAAACUCUGGUUUAUUCACUCAUUUUCUUGUGAAUUUCCACUUCCUUAUGCAAGUGGAUUAUCUUAUAUUUAGUCUCCUCAAAAAUGUCUCCUAGCCACUGUAGAUACACAAGAUUAAGAAGUUUCAAGGCAGCUAAGGUGUGUUUGGGUAGUUGCUUCUGUGAAUGUUAGUGUUUCUUUGAACAGUGUCAUAAUGACACAUAAUGGAACAUGAUGUCCUUUGGGAACAGCUUUUGUUGAGAGGACACAGCUGUAACUGGUUGGUUUUAAAAAUGUAAGGAUGGAAAGGUUGAAGUGGCAGUAGGUGCACAAAGGUAAAGAGUGGACAAAUUGCACUUAGUUGUUGAGGCGUUUGUGGAAUUUUCUGUUGAAUACAUGUUUGCUGCUUUUUGAAAAAAUGAAGAACUUGUACAUAGCGGAGGUUUUGACUUGGUUUUGGUUUAGAAAUGGUGUUCUCUGACUUUUGCAACCAAGGUACACAUUUAAAUUGAUAAAAUCUAAAGCACUGUUUUAAGCGCAUUCAAACAUAACACAACACACACACACACACACACACACACACACACACACACACACAUACUUGCUGUAUGUAACACUGCUAUUGUAGAAAAGGAGUCCCCUACGUACAAUUUUGAACUUUCUCGAUGAAUCCCACAGCAUAGUACAAUGGCAUGCACUAUAGACUUUUAGGGUUUGAUUUUAAAAGGUUACAAUGGUACUGGUCAUUUCUUUUUUAUAACUGUUACUUUCUUUGUUAUCUGUUUUCAGUUUGAUUCCAAAAUUGAGGACACAAACUUUCUUUGAUUUGUGAUGUUUGUAGUUGAGAACACUUUCUGGACUGGCACCGUAAGGCCUGAGGCAUAUUCACAAAGCCCCUCAGUGCAGGAGUGGUGCUUCACGCUCAGUUUAGCCAGGUCAGUAAACGAAACAGAAAAAAUAAAACAACACUUGGGUCACUUUUUGAAUGCAGGCCCAGAAAUCUGAAUGCUAAAAUGACUUGUUUAAUUGAACUGGAACUCUUCUCGAAGAGCUAAAAGGUGAAGGUUUGGUUCCUUGUAUGGUGUAGCAAAGGUUAAUUUACUCUCCCUCCAUAAUUCUGAAGUAUUAGUAACUGGAGUUGGCUGGCCAACUUUUACCAUUGAAUAUUUUGAAAGCUUUCGGUGCCAGAGUUAAAGAGAAAAACCCGACUCACAGUGAGUCGUCUCCCUGAGAAUGAUGUGCCAUGCACUGAGUACUUAAUCUACUGCUACAUGUCUCAGUUUCUCUACCUUCUUGUGUCCUUUCAAUAAACCGUGAUUUUCGCUAAAUGUGUGAAGAAUAAAUGGUUAUUUGUGGAGAAAAAAAA